GAGCACCAUAGAUCCUGGCAUCCCAGGGUUCUACCCUGUCUGAACUGGGAACAUGGUCAGCUUAGCUCCCAGACCAAUGCUGGCACGGGCCUGGCACAAGUAGUGGUGCUCUCACCUGUCUGAGACGGGGCACAAGGUACAAGGAACUGGGAUCUGGCCUGUCCCAAAGCAGGGCUCUCUGGUGGCCCAGAGCUGGUCACUGGGGAGCCCACAUCCUGCCCCAGCCCCACUGGUGCAGAUGUGCUGCUGCCCACUGGAGCACCAUGACGGCAGGAUGACCUCAGCUGAAGCACCAGCAGUGGCUGGUGGUGCUCGGGUGGCUGGGACCCCUGAGUGGCCUCCUGGCGGCCCCCAGACCCUCAGACAGCCUAGCCGGAGCCGAGUGGCCUUGGCAGCACUGGUAUGGCUGUUGGCUGGGGCCAGCAUGUCAAGCCUUAACAAGUGGAUCUUCACAGUACAUGGCUUCGGGAGGCCUCUGCUGCUCUCAGCGCUGCACAUGCUGGCUGCAGCGCUGGCAUGCCACCGGGGGGCACGGCGUCCCAUGCCAGGCAGCACUCGCUGCCAAAUACUGCUGCUCAGCCUCACCUUUGGCACCUCAAUGGCCUGCGGCAACGUGGGCCUGACCACAGUGCCCCUGGACCUGGCACAGCUGGCCACCACCACCACGCCGCUGUUCACGUUGGCCCUGUCGGUGCUGCUGCUUGGCCGUCGUCACCACCCACUGCAGUUUGCUGCCAUGGGCCCACUCUGCCUGGGGGCCGCCUGCAGCCUAGCCGGUGAGCUUCGGACACCCCCCGCUGGCUGUGGCUUCCUGCUGGUAGCCACCUGCCUCCGAGGCCUCAAGUCCGUGCAGCAGAGUGCCCUGCUGCAGGAGGAGCAGCUGGAUGCGGUGACCCUGCUGUAUGCCACCUCGUUGCCCAGCUUCUGCCUGCUGGCAGGCGCGGCCCUGGUGCUGGAGGCUGGCAUGGCCCCACUGCCCACACUGGCUGACUCCCACCUCUGGGCCUGCGUCCUACUCAGCUGCCUCCUGUCUGUGCUCUACAACCUGGCCAGCUUCUCUCUGCUGGCCCUCACCUCUGCCCUCACCGUCCACGUCCUGGGCAACCUCACUGUUGUGGGCAACCUCAUUCUAUCCUGGCUCCUGUUUGGCAGCCGCCUCAGCGCCCUCAGCUACGUAGGCAUUGCACUGACCCUUUCAGGAAUGUUCCUUUAUCACAACUGCGAGUUUGUGGCCUCCUGGGCUGCCCACCAGGGGCGGUGGCGGAGGGGCCAGCCUGGCAAGGGUCUUUGAGACCUGUGGGAGCUCCUGGGACAGCUCCAGCCUGACACUAACCUCAGCCAAUGGCCGUGGGAAAAGUGGAGAGCAGGCCAUGGGAGGGAGAGUCACCUUCUGGAAGGCUGCCUUGGAGGCUGGAACGGGGACUCCCAGAGAGACCUGCCUCUUGUCUCUGUCUGCUGCACCCCUGUCACAAACCCCACUCACCACUGGAUGGUGGGUCCAAGACUGGCACAGUCACUGUGCUUGUCAGAGUAAUUAUUAUGAUUAGUAUCAACAACUAUGCCGAAAAUUGUUGGGCAAACUUUGAAAACCUCAAACGUGUUAAGAUGAUGAUGAUGAUGAUUCUUAGAGGUUACACAAUCCUUCCUCCAGUGGGGGAGGCAGCUAGGGGCUCAGGGAAGGGCCUCUGCUGCUGGGUUCCCCCAGGGAGCCGUGGUAGUCUGUGCCAACUCCAGGCAGCUGCUGCGGCCUCACCCUGGGAACCCCGAUUUUGGGUCUUCCGUCCUCAAAUAAACUAUUUUUGCUUGUA